GAUAUAAAGGAGCUUGCGAGUGUAAGAAGAGUAGUAUCAGCGUACGUGUAGCGUGUAGCGAGGCACGUUGUCGCGAGAUGAACGUCAUCCUGAUCCCGUUCUUCCUAGCGGCCCACAUGGUCGUCAAUGAUACUUCGGAAUGGAUGUUUGGACCAGAAUAUUCGUACGAUAUGAACAUCACUUACGUAAUAAAAUCGGACCCCCACGAGCCUAUCAACGAUAUGCAACUAAUCUCUACGAUAAAAUGUCGUCCCAAAAUGUCAAAUAGCUUAUUUUGCCAUUUAAAUAAUUCCACGUAUUUACAAUUAUUCAAAAAUCAUACCUUUACGCGGGAAGUAACGACGGAACAAAUGUUCGAGAUUAAAUUUAACAAUCGCGGUGUGGAGGGCCUGAUAAUCGAGCCACCGACUCGCAUGGAUGUCGUCAACAUUCUUCGAAAAAUCGCCACACAGUUUAACAUAGUUGUUGAUCCGAUCACAAUUAGAAUGUCGCAGUAUAUGAACAGAGAGAAUUCAUCGAUGGGCGAUUGCGCGACCACAUAUAGGAUCACGCAUGAAGAAACGGAUAUGCUCGAGAAAGAAGACAAAGAUUUUCAACUCGUGGUGAUGCCAUUGAUCGAUGCGGAACUUGGUACUCUCUCGAUUGAAAAAUCCCGAAAGAGAUGUAUCAAUGCACCGCGAUAUGUUGAUUUUUCAACGGGAAUCUUAAAAAUGGGGAGAUUUAUCAGUAAAAUUCAUAUCGACCCAGAUAAAUUUGAAACCUUCACCGAAUUUGAUGGGAAAAUAAGUCUUUUGUCCGAAUCCGAACACAGAAGAUUGUCAUUUAAAGAAAUAAUACAGAUCAAUCUAAACGGUAUUGAACCUGCGCAAGGUGAACUUCCGACCCUUUUUUACGGUGAAAUGAUUGAUUUAAAUACUAACAAUGACAUACCAAGCAAUUUUAUAAAUUAAUAUGUAUAUAUGUGUAUGCGAUGAUGUAUAUACACCUAUAUAUUGUAUACAUUGUAGGCAAGCUAUAGAAUUUGCAGAUAGAUAUUUAAUCAAAUUAAAAAAGUAUAAAAUUAUACAGUGAAAGUGAAUAAAUAGCAUUUUAUAAACUA